AUGUACCAAGUAUUAGCAUGUGGCUCAAAUGGAAAUUAUCAGCUAGGACAAGACGAUGAUGAAGAUCAAAGGGCUCUUAGACCGUGUCUCUUUCAUGUUGAAGGAGAACCGCAACCCACAACCAGUAUUCAACACAAGCCAAGGAAAAUUGCUUGUGGUGGAAAUCACACAUUGAUCCUCUUUGAAAACGGGGAUGUGUUUAGCUGCGGAGACAAUGAGUUUGGUCAAACAGGGCAUCCCGAAAGUGAGUCUGUUGUUGCUGCGUUUAAAAGAGUGACAUCAAUCCAGCAUAAAUUUAUCGACAUUUCAUGUGGAUGGGAUUAUUCUUUCUUGCUCACAGAGGGAAAUGACUUGUUUGCAUGUGGGAAAGGCUUGAAGGGUGAAUUGGGUCUAGGCAUCCACGUUUUGCAAGCGACUAAACCGCAUUUAGUGACUCGAUUCGAUGCUGGGGUCAGAAAGUUAAAAACGGCUGUCAAUCACACCAUAGUUCAAACACUGAAUAACAAAUUGUAUGGGUGGGGCAACUGUCGAAAGGGUCAAUUAGGGAAUAUUGAGGGUAGCUUGAUAAAGAAAGGGGCGAUUUGGCAACCUACUGAGCUAGAUUUUGAAAUUAGUCCUAUCGUUACGUUUGAGUUGGGUCGAGAGUUUACCGUUUUGCUGUCAUCAGAUGGCCUACAUUUGUUUGGCAAGUCAAAUACUGAUGUACAAGAGUUGCGAAGGGAGGCAGCAAAUGCAGAGUUAAUUGAUGCCAUGUGGUCUUCGAUCCAUUUUAAAAGUCACCACACAAUCAAAUCGUUUGGCACCAACACUCAUGGCCAAUUAUACGACUAUGGUUCGAUUAGUGGUGACUUUGAGUUUGUUGUUGGAAGCGAGCAUGGUCUAUUGAAGCUGGAAAAUAAAGUGUAUGCCUGGGGUUGGGGGGAGCAUGGUAAUUGUGGUGAUGUGAAGAAUAACAACACGGCGAUUGGACUAAGCAGUAGUAUUGACGAUGCGACUGAUGAUGGUCUAAGAAGCAUCACAUUCAACUAUUUAAAUGUACUAUAUGAUGGAUCUGAGGAAGUUAUAAUGAUAGCUGGUGGUUGUGCCACCAGCUGGGUAGCUAUAUACACGUAA